UCUACUUUUCUUAAAGACCCAUUUUUUCUUUUUCUUUCUUUCUUUCCCAUUCCAAAGAAAAACUCUGAGAGGGAGCAACUUGACGUAAGAAUCAACUUCAAGAUCCAUUAGUUAACUUUGGGUUUUUGUUUUUAAGUUCAAAAGACUUGUUUUUUUUGGUCAAAAUGGGUAGUAAAUGGAGAAAAGCAAAGUUGGCUUUAGGCUUGAAUCUUUGUGCUUAUUUGCCCAGAACUUUAGAUGAUGAUUAUUCUGCACCUCCUUCUAGUGAAAGAUUAUCUGAUGCUGCUUUGUUAUCUCCUUCAAACUGGGAAAGUAUGGCUUCUUCUAGGCCAAUGACUCCUGUGCCUUCUUCUCAUGGUUUAAGGUUGUCUAAAAGUUUGUCUAGAAGUGCUAGCAAAUCAUCCAAGCAAACAUGUUCAAUAUGUUUGACGAAGAUGAAGCAAGGAGGUGGUCAUGCUAUUUUCACUGCAGAAUGCUCACAUUCUUUCCACUUCCAUUGUAUUGCUUCCAAUGUAAAGCAUGGUAAUCAAAUUUGUCCAGUUUGUAGAGCAAAAUGGAAAGAAAUCCCCAUGCAGAGCCCCUGUUUGGAUCCUCCCCCAGGCAGGGCGACAAUCGAUCCAGUAGGUUGGCCUCGAAAUGAUGCUUUGAUGACUGUAGUCCGCCGAUUGCCUCCAUCUCGUCGAGAUUUAAGUCGACGACAUGUUGUACCAUUAUUUCAGGCUCCUGAGCCAGGCAUAUUCAAUGAUGAUGAAUCCUUGGAUCACCAACCUGUGAUUGCUGAGAGUAAGAAUUCAUCAGAUUGCUCGUCUCUCAGAACGAUGGAGAUCAAAACAUACCCAGAGGUUUCAGCUGCUCCAAGGUCCAGUUCUUAUGAUAAUUUCACCAUUCUGGUUCAUCUUAAAGCUGCUGGUGCAGUUGCAAGUCAAAAUCCCAGCCGAAAUCAGGCUAGCUUGCCACAACUUUCUCAAAAUCCUCGUGCUUCAGUCGACCUAGUCACGGUGCUUGAUAUCAGUGGUAGCAUGGCUGGCACCAAGCUUGCAUUACUGAAACGGGCAAUGGGGUUUGUAAUACAAAACCUUGGGUGCAACGAUAGACUUUCAGUUAUUGCCUUCUCUUCAACAGCUCGCCGCCUCUUUCCCCUUCGUCGAAUGUCUGACAUAGGGCGGCAGCAGGCUCUUCAAGCUGUUAACUCUCUGGUUGCAAAUGGUGGUACCAACAUAGCUGAAGGCCUGAGAAAAGGUGCCAAGGUAAUGGAAGACCGGAGAGAAAAGAAUCCAGUUGCCAGCAUAAUACUUUUGUCCGAUGGGCAGGAUACAUAUACUGUCAAUGGUGUUGGUGUAAACAAGUCUCAACCAAAUUACCAGUUGCUUGUCCCUCUAUCAAUGCACGGUGGUGACAACACAGGUUUCCAAAUUCCAGUGCAUGCUUUUGGUUUUGGUGCAGAUCAUGAUGCUUCAUCAAUGCACUCAAUUUCAGAGAUCUCUGGAGGGACUUUUUCUUUUAUUGAAACUGAAGCUGUGAUCCAGGAUGCAUUUGCACAAUGCAUCGGUGGACUUUUAAGUGUUGUGGUUCAAGAGCUGCAAGUGGGGGUGGAGUGCAUGAAUCCAAGUCUCUGCCUUGGCCCGCUUAAAGCAGGAAGUUAUCCAAGCCGCGUGACAUCUGAUGGAAGAACUGGAUUUAUUGAUGUUGGAGAUCUCUAUGCUGAUGAAGAGAGGGAUUUCUUGGUAGCAGUUAAAGUCCCAGCAGAUUCUUCUGGAUGCGACACAUCGCUGCUAAAGGUGAAAUGCAUUUAUAGGGAUCCCUUAACUAAAGAAAUGACAACUUUGGAGAGUGAUGCAGUCAGGAUUCAAAGACCUGAAAUAGCUGGGCAGGAAGUAGUAUCAAUUGAAGUAGACAGGCAACGCAACAGGUUCCAAGCAGCAGAGGCAAUGGCAGAGGCAAGAACCACAGCUGAGCAAGGAGAUCUAGCACGUGCUGUUUCAAUCCUUGAAAAUUGUAGAAGGGUGUUGUCCGAGACUGUUUCAGCCAAAUCUCAUGACCGACUUUGCAUUGCAUUGGAUGCUGAGCUGAAGGAGAUGCAAGAGAGGAUGGCAAGCAGGCAUGUCUAUGAGGCAUCUGGGAGAGCAUAUAUCCUUUCGGGACUGAGCUCACACUCAUGGCAACGAGCUACAGCAAGAGGUGAUUCCACUGAUGGUUCAAGUCUGAUUCAGGCUUAUCAAACCCCAUUAAUGGUUGAGAUGCUUACUCGAUCUCAGGCAACCUUACUUGGUAGUCCAUCAACUCAAAGGCUUGUCCAACCAUUAUGGUCACUUGUAUCACAACCAAAGCCAAGGUAAUAUUCUGGAGGUUGUGGCAACCAUCUUCAAAUAGCUUUUCCAGAGCUUUUUCCCCUAUAUUUUGCAAAAUUUUGUUUUGGGAGGCGAUAAAGUGGAAGGAUAACAGGGUCUUUCUGGCUAUGAUUUUUGUCUGUUUUACAUGUGUAAAUGAAUAAGAAGUUGGGAAAAGGCAAAAGAAUAUAUUUGGGAGUAGAAAAGAGGAGGGUAGGUAGGGUUCACACCAUUUGUAUUUUUGUUUGUGUUGUUGUUGGAGGUGUACAUAAAGAGAAAUGUCUUUUCUCUCUGGGAGAAACUGGGUAUAUGUUUGUAAUUGUGGAAACGAUUUGGGUGAGCACUUCAGCUGAUAUAUAAUUACCUGCUUCUAUUCUUUUUAUAAAGUUUUAUAUUAACUCUUUUGCUAA